UAGAUGAUUCUACAAGCAGGGCUGAGGACCAGCGCACUAGAAUGUAAGCUCUAGGAGGGCAGGGCCUGCCUCUCUUGGUUCACCACUGGACACACAGCACCUCGUGCAGUUCCCGGCCACAGCAGGGACUCUCAUCCUAUCUUUUAAAGGAGUAAAUGGUGGCCACCUAGUUUCAAAUGCCAGGGCACACAGGCUCCACUCCCACUUCCUAGCUGCCCUAUCACACCAGUGGGUAGGGACCAACCACACGAAGCAGCUGAGGCCGUGCCAGAGAGGCAAACAAAGGCACCGAGGGAGAAGUUAGGCCUCUGCAGGAACUCAGGGCCUCAAGGGUGAUAAACAUUUCAACCCAGAAACUAGUUCCAGGAGGUGCCAGCAGGAGCUGCAGUUAAUCAUUCACCCCGCACCACAGGAAGGGGGCAGCCUGUGGGGCAGUUCCAGCCCCAGGGCUUCCCCAACUCUGGGCAGGUCCUUUCAGUUGACAGGUCAUCUAGACAGAGAGGAAAGGCCGGACCCAGCCACAGGUGAGGAGGACGGGAUGGGUGGCCUGGGACAAAGGCCCUGGAUCCAGUCUCUGCCCCCACCCACCCCAAGUCUGACUUCUCUCAUCGAGGACACCUCAACACACGUGCCCUGAGCAGCCCCCCACAACGACAUCACAAAAGGGCAGAAAGCAGCUGAGGGAUUGCUUCUUCGAGUCAGGGUGAAGCUCUGGUUAUCUGGUGGCCUCUUCAGCUCAAGCCCCCAAAAGCGUGGGCCCUGAAGGAGUACCCUGAUCCACCCACUCUUAGGACACAGGAGUGUUAACAGCAGAAUCAGGUUCACAUGGACAAACUGAUAACAAAGCAGAAGCACAUCUGGAAUGAUGAGUUCUGGCAGAACCCCUGGGACCAGGGGGCCCUGGUAGUAAUCAUCUUAUUCAUCACCACGAUUCUGUUUCUCACCUUGUUCGCUAUUCUAUGUGGUUUACUCUCUCCAGUUGAAGAGGUCAACGAGUGUGAAGAGUCAUGACCUGACUAUCUCGGGGUCAAAAGGGGGGGGGCUACCUGUUAUACACUGUCAAAACACCAUGUACCUUUUCUUCAAAGCUCUUUUAACAGUCUGGAAUUAUACAUUUUCUUUGUGAUUGCCUGAUAAGUGUCUGUCUUCCCCACUGGACCAAGCACCAUCAAAGCAGGAGAUGGGCCUCUUUGUGCUCACCAUUGUAUCCCCCAUGACCAGUGUGCCUGGCACAGAGUCAGCAUCAAUCAAUAUUUGCUGGUUGAAUAAAUGAAUGAAGGAACAAAUGAGCAAACAGAUGGUUAAACAGUAGGAGGCUGGGCUGUUGGCUACGCCAGCCCAGAGACACCAGGAGACAAUCGACCCCAGUUCAAUUGAGGCCUAAACACAAAGCUGUUCUUCCAUCUCAGACAAGGUGCCGAGGCCUCUGGGCCGGAGGAUGCUUCAAACCUAAUUACUGAUCCUUUUGACACUAAAAGAUAAAACACCCUGUCAUGAAUAAUCAAACACUUCUUUUUCAUGGCCAGAACACAGAGAAAGGAGCAGAGACAUAACUACAGAGAAGAGAGGAAAAAUGCUGGAUGCCCUGCCCUGGCCUCAUUCACACUGAAUUGGGUGUCUUUUCUGUCGGCCCCAGAGGUGCCCAGGUAUCCCUCACAGGGUCCCACAGCCCUCAUGCACCCCACACCCUACAACACUCCCUCUGUAGAAAUGUUCCCGCCUCUACUAAAGCCACCACACUGGCCUCUCCCUCACUGCCAGGUGCCCGCCCUCAGCAAACAGCUGCUUCAACUUCAACCUCAAACCAGGACUAUUCUUAGAAAAGGGGCAAAUAUCUGGCAGAGAAAGAGCUUUUUCUUCAUGCUAUACAUUAUUUAUGCAAUAAAGAAACAUUUCCUUUUACUCAAACAGCAAUUUCAAAUCCAGCCACACCAGCAGUGUUUAUUUCAUCCCAGGGCCUGGAAGUCCUGGAAUCUGGAACCCUCACAUCUACAAACGAGAUAGGAGAGAUGAGGCUGCACACGGGGCAGCAAGAGGCCCACCGAUGCCUGGACCCCCUGACGCACUACAAGAGCCCAAGCUCCCUGGUAUGAGACAGGAGAAAUAACGGCAGAGGCCCCUAGGAGGACAUGUCUUCUUGCCUGGAGGGCUGCUGCAGCCUCUUGGGAUAUGGCAGAGCUAACCCUCCAGACAGCCCUACAGAGCCUCAGACUCAUCCCAGACAAGAACCCAGCCAGGGUUAUUUCCAGUGGAGGGGACUGUGACAACUAGCAAGGACACUUGGCCCCUUCAUUGUGAGCACUUUGCUCAAGGAGCCUAAGAAGGCCUAAUUUAGCAACUCCCUGUACUAGUGCUUGAAAAGGGUUCUGGUCGCCAACAGCUGUGGGCAAGGGUGGUCCUGGUACUGCAGCCAACCACCUCAGCUGGGUGCGGUCUUACCACCGAGGCCAAAUGAAAGACGGCUGCUUGGAGAAGGCAACAGCCUCAGUCCACCGACUCCUCGGUGAAUAGGAGGGGUGGGAAUCAAAACACAU